AUGGAGGAUUCUAGGAAUAACGUUAUGUUUAGAAAGACUAAACCUUACAAUGGAAGAAACGAGACUUCUCUUGACUCCGAAUACCAAGCAGAACAGGCAAGGCUAGAGCAAGCCAAAGCUAAAAGGCACCAAAUCGCUGAGAGUCGCCGUGUUGCUUUAUUCGGAAGCACAGAAGAAAAAGCUGCCUAUAAACAAAGAAUAAGCCAAGACGCCCAGCUCCAGUUAAUUAUGAGAGAACAGCAGGCAAAAGAACAAAGAGAAAAAGAAGAAAGAACUAACGCAAGGGUCGAAGAGCAUAGAAGAAUGAUGGAAGACCUUGAAAGGCAGAGGGAAGCACAGAGAAGAGCAAAACUGAUUCAAAUGCAAAACGAAAACCGCUUAGCGGCUAUGGCAAAGCAUACUGAUAAUCUUCAAAAGAAAGUGACUGAAGAUAGAAGAGAUAGAGAAAUGAUACAAGAAAACAUUGUGAAUUAUCAGCCAAAUGUUUUCUAA